AUGAAACAAAAAAAAUUAGUGAUGCAAAUUAAUGUGCUACAAUACAUGCAAGAUUAUCUAUUGAUCAAAAGUGAAAAUUAAUUACAUAAUUAACAUCAGGAAUAAAUUGCAAAGUUGUAACUAAUGUUGAAUAUAUAUUACAAUUUACAGCAUCCUAAAAUCAAUGUUUAUUAAAAGGAAGAGGCAGCAUAAGCAACUAUAUAAUUGGAUCAUUCUCUAAGUAUGAUCAAGAAGCACAAUAUUUGCAACAAUCGCGGUAGCACACCAUCAACAUACAAAGUCUAUAGAGCAGAUACAUGCAUAUCUUUCUCAUUUAUUGGGAAGUUACAAACAAAUGCUUUAUGUAGUAGAAUAGCAAAUAUCCAUAGAUAAAAAUGAACCAGGAAUUAACUCACUGUUGCAGGUAAGAAGAAAACUUAUAAAUUCAGAGCAGUUAUUUAAUGCAUAGUCAAAAAGAAAUCAUACUUCUGUAGGAUCACAUGAAAAGAUAUAAAAGGAUGAUUAAAUUAAUUAUUGUGCAUUAAGAGCUGCUAUAGGUAAUAUGAUUGAAAUAAUACAUUGUAAUCCUAAACUAAAGAAAUGA